AUGUCAAAAUCAUCUUCUGUAGAUAAAACAUUGGAGUUCACAUCAAGCCUGCUUGGGGAGACGAUGAAAUCUUCCACAUCGUUUAAAUUUAGUGAAACAACAAUAAAGGAAUUAAAGGAAAUUCAGGAGUCUACUUCAAGCAAACCUCGUAAGAAGUUGAAAUCACUGACUACGCAUGGUUUAACUAGUGGAAUUAAGGUGCAAGAUGGGGUGCAACUUCCAUCUCAACAGAUCUUUGGUACAUUACCAAGAUCUCCUUCUGAUGCGCAUAGUACAACAUCCCUGCAGCUUCGUUUCCAGACUAAGCUGCUUCCUACAUUUUUCACCGAAAAUAGGAUAGAAUCCAAGGAAUCCUAUUUAGAGCCAGAUGAAGGAUCGACUUCUGAGGGUAUAAACAUGUUAGAUUCUGACAUAGAGAAGGAAAAAAGGGUUGUUUUUGAUGCUGUGAAGGGCAGUUUUGUCAUUUCAAUAACAUGUGUUGAUGUUGUGGCUGUUAUGUUGUUACUCAGUUUCACUGAACAAUCUGAUUGCGGUUCUGGAUGCAGAUUUUCAUUCUCUUCCUUCCACUCAGCACAGACAACAGGACCACUGUGCAAUGCACUUUUCACGGAUGAAGGUGUUACUGAUGUUGUCCAAAAAGAAAGUCUACACUUCUGUGUAAGGAACUAUUUUAUUCAGUUCUUGUUCCAUUGUAUAGUGAUCACCAAGAAAUACGGAUUUGAUCGGCCAACAAAGGACAACAUACUACAGUGCUGUGAAGCUACGGGUAUCAGCGUGGGGUUGUUAAUGGUGGGAACCGCUAGUGAGAAGGCAGUUGAGAUGCUUGUGUAUGCUCAUGAGACACAACAUGAAAAGAUGAUAAGGAUGAUUUAGAUAGCAUAACUUGUUAUCUAAUACUAGCAAGAAAACCUAUAAUCCCAGGAAUUGACAACCCCCAUAAGUUUUGCAGACGAGCAUUGUGUUUACU